CUAGAGUCUGCAUGUCGUGACUUGUCAAAUACAAUAACAAAUUCAUAAAAAAGGAAAAUAAAGUAUCCAACCCAAAUGUCUCUGGAGUGAUCCCACAUGACAGUUAGUGUUGAGUAAUUCAUGCCCCGCGUGCGCGCGCACUGCCACCCUGCCCCCUCCCCGCUGCUCGCUCUCCAGGUUGUAGGUGGGAUGCUCUGAGGAGCAUGCCUGAGUUUGUCUUGCGCUGGACUCGAACACUGAUUCAGCAUGAGGAGCUUCCUGCACACACCUGGCGCUUCCCCCCAACAAGCAUUGACAGGAAACACGUUGGGACUUUGGUUCUCCUCCUCUGCGCUGCAUCUCCAAAGGACCGCUUAGAUCUUUCUCUCCUCAGCGACCACUUUCUCAAAGGGAUUAAGUCCAGCAGAAGGAGAGCAUCAUAGACACUCUUCCUGCAAACAGGUGUUUCCAACCAGAGGCUUAGCCCUGUGCUUCACUGCGCUCCACUCACCUGCGCGUAAUGAUGUCCAACUACUUGGUGACACCAAGAGGAUGAGGCGGUUGAAAGGAAAUGCUGCGUGUUUCUGUGACUGUUCUCACAGCUUUGGAUGAAAAGUCUUAUUAUUUUGGAGUUUUACGCACAAAGUGAUCUUCUGAACAUGAUCUGAGCUGUGCGGACCCAAUUCACGCAACUGUUUAGCGCACUUUGCUCAUUCUUUUCUGUGUCGCUUCCGAUUCUGUCUUGGAUGGACUCCUCCAGAAACCCGUUUUUGAUCUGAGGGCGUUUGAUUGCAUUCAAGCUUCUUUGGAAAUUUUUCCAUCUUCUCCAAAAGCGCUGCCAAACUGGCUAUGGCGGCGGCUAUUGCCAGCUCCCUCAUAAGGCAAAAGAGGCAGGCGAGGGAGCGGGAGAAGUCCAAUGCCUGCCGCUGCGUCAGCAGCCCCAGCAAGACCAAAGGGAAUUGUGAGAAGCCCAGCCGACUGAACGUCUUCUCACGAGUCAAACUCUUUGGCUCAAAGAAGAGGAGAAGGAGAAGACCAGAACCCCAGCUGAAGGGGAUCGUGACGAAGCUGUACAGUCGACAAGGCUUCCAUCUGCAGUUGCAGGCAGAUGGAACCAUUGAUGGAACAAAGGAGGAGGACAGUGGUUACACCAUGUUCAACCUCAUUCCAGUGGGGCUGCGAGUGGUGGCCAUCCAGGGGGUGCAAACCAAACUGUUUUUGGCCAUGAACAGUGAGGGCUACUUGUACACAUCGGAACACUACACACUAGAGUGCAAAUUCAAGGAGUCGGUGUUCGAGAACUACUACGUGACAUACUCCUCCAUGGUUUACCGGCAGCAGCAGUCGGGCAGGGGCUGGUACCUCGGUCUGAACAAGGAAGGCGAAAUCAUGAAGGGUAACCAUGUCAAGAAGAACAAGCCAGCAGCCCACUUUCUUCCCAAGCCUCUAAAGGUGGCGAUGUACAGAGAGCCAUCACUCCAUGACUUGACAGAGUUUUCCCGUUCUGGUAGCGGCACGCCCACCAAGAGCCGGAGUGCCUCAGCUGUUCUCAACGGAGGCAAAGCUGUGAGCCAGAAUGAAUCCACGUAGCCCGGCAACCAAACCCAGGACUGAGACAGAACCACGAAACCUUACCUCUCGCAGAGCGUGAAUCCAAGCAAACUUGUUUUCUCCAAUUCAGCGUUUCAGGACAACAAUCCACACAGAAACUGUUCUGUGCCAUCCUGAUCAGUUAUCAUCAAAUCCAUUUUUAGAAACCUGACAUCAUAUAAUCAUUCUUAAAAAUAAAGACUUUACAUGUUGAUUUGCAUUUAAAACUUAUUUAUCACCUCUGUCGCUCUCUUAGUGAAGACCAUGUACUAGUUUCUCACCUUUUUCUUAUUCUGUUUUCGUCCUUAAUUCCUGUAACCUUUAUUUGAUCAUGCAAACAGACGGCAUUCGUACAUCUCACUGACAGGAAGUUAGAUCAAAAGGCUUUCAGGGCAGCCGGUAAUGGUGCUGGUCCACAAGGCUGCAGACUUACAGUAAAGCCCGGUCUCUGUCUCAUCCAUGCUUCUGUGAAUAUAAAGCCUAUAAACUCCCUGGUAUGCCACAGCCUUGUGCUACUGGCCAGCAAGAUGGUAGCUCUUCUGUGUCCUCGUGCACACGCUCAGUGACUGAGCUCUUUAGCAUGGGAAAAUGAACCCUAUGUUCAACUGACCUAAAGUUUAAGGGGCAGUGUGGCAUUCUUGCAGCUUUUGUUUUUUUCUUUCAGAAAUGCCACAGUUUUUUUGUGAGUUUUCUGAUUCAGCUGAGAGGAUUUUUAUUCAACAACUCCCCCCCACCCCUUCUCCCGAUUGUCCUCUGCCUUUUUCCAUUGUUCAGCAUUAAUUUGUUCUACAGUUUUUAAGAUGGGUCUCAGCAAACCAAAGACAGAUUGAAAGAGUGUCCCUUUAAGCUGCUGAAAAACAAGCCAACAUAAAGGCAAAGCUGGAUUGUUGUUUCCAUUGUACAUUUUUGAUGAAGAAAAGCAAAGAUCUGGUGAAAAAAGGAACCGUGGACAAAGGAAGUGAUUUUUGUCACGCUGGCAGAACGCUGGAUUUAGUGACUUUUUGCUGACAUGAUGGUCAAAGAAAAUAACUCCUCAUUGUCCCCAUUCCCUUCUGUUCUAACUGUGUCACACUGUCCUCGUUAUCUGUUUCUUCCCUCUGUGUUGUGUCAUACCUCAACUCCCUUGCCUUCCUUUUUUGACCGAUACAGCUCACCGUAGGAAUAUGGUUGGAGCUUCUUCCCAGGAUGCUUGUUAUGUGUUUGAGUAACUUAUUGUGGUGACAAUUUUUUCUAUAUUUAAGAAAAAAAAAGAAUACUGUGGACUUUUAGGUGGCUUAACAUUUUAUAGGACACGUCUUAUUUGUAAAAGUUAAAAGAAAACAAACAAAAAAACAAAAACAAGUGGACAUCCUCCCUUUCUUUCACAGGGCAUGAACACAAAUAUGUACGAAAGACCCUUUUUGUGGGCUAUGUACUCUUCCCUUCAGCUACAUAACUUAUUUCUGGUACAUGCUUUGGGAAACACUCUUUUCUUGGUUUCCUCUGGAGGGGGUUUGUAUUAGAUGAACCUAUCUGUUGCAUGGGCGAAAGCAGGAAAAUGCUGGACUAGAGCUGCAUGAUGUAGGCUAUGUGUAUUAACCCAUGUUGGAUCAUGUGUUCCAAACUACAGGCUAAAUCUGAUGAAAACAAUAUAUACAGGCAGUCAGCCUGACUGCCCAAUUACUUCCAGUUGUUUAUUAUUUGUUGUAUACACAAAAAUGCACUGAAUAAAAUGUUUAUAUUAAGAUAUACUUUUAAAA